AUGAUAGAAACCAAGCCCUUUCGAAUUAUCAUUGUUGGUGGUGGCAUCGCUGGUUUGAGCGCUGCCAUUGCGCUGCGAGGACCAAACAGACAGAUAACAGUGCUCGAGCAGUCACGUCUUAAUAAAGAAAUCGGGGCGCUCAUAUCCUUGCAGCCAAAUGCUUCAAAGAUUGUGGAACGGAAAUGGGAUCUAACCAAAGAGCUGCAGGGUGCUCGAGGAAUGAUCGACGAGGGGUUUCGGGUGUAUUCAACUGAUGGAAAGCUGGUAAACACAGUUCCAUUGUUGACCAAGACAGCAUACGGCGCAAAUCGAGUUCUAUAUCAUCGCAGAGACCUGCAUGAAGCAUUGAAACAUGGUGCAACCUCUUCCGAGUGCGAUGGUGAUCCUGUUACUAUCCGAGUUGCAUCUCGUGUUGUGGGUUGUGAUCCUCUCCAGGGAACUAUCAUACUCGAGAGUGGCGAAUAUAUACACGCUGAUUUGAUUGUUGGAGCAGAUGGGAUACACAGCACCAUUCGAGAGCAUGUUCUAGAUGCUGAGCCUGUCGCAAUGCCAACAGGACAUUCAGCGUACCGUCUCAUGAUACCCACGCAAAUUUUGCAAGAGAAAGAGAAGGAUUUCUGUAGCAAGAUUGAUCCUCGCCUUCCAUAUACCUCGAUGAUGCUUGCGCAUGAGUGCCGUUUGAUAAUGGGACCGGGCCGACAGGGUGAUGUAUUUGGCAUCGUUGCAUUGGUGCCAGAUGAUAAAUUGAAUGAGGAUCCACAUGCAAAGCAGUCAUGGGUUUCCGAGGGUAAUCUGGAAAAGAUGUUGGAUACGUUUUCCGAUUUUCCAAGCUGGGUAACGAGCAUCUUCAAACAUUCACCAGAUCUCGGGCUGUGGCAACUGCGCGAUUUGGACCCUUUGAAGUCGUGGUAUAGGGGACGAGCUAUUUUGAUAGGAGAUGCCGCUCAUGCCAUGCUACCGACGCAAGGCCAAGGUGCUAGUCAAGCCAUCGAAGAUUCCGAGGCUUUAGGGGCCUUGUUUGAGGGAGUAGUCGAGCCACCAUCAUUUGAGAAGCUCACAAGCAUCCUUGAAGAUAUCUUCCAAUGCCGGUAUUCGCGCGUCAGUCUCAUUCAAGCCUACAGUCGACAAGCAGCCAAGCCAGCAACAGCCAAAGGCGAGAAAACGGUCACUAUGAAACCCGAUGAGUUCAUGGACUUCAACUGCAUGUAUAACGGUGCCGAAGAAUGGAGACGGAAUCAGCAACUCCAGCAGACUGGUUGA